UUUCUUCCCAACCUCACUCCAAAAAGUCCAAAUACACAUUCCCACGCUCAACCUCAACCCCCGCCUCCGCUCGCCGCGGCGCGCCAUGGCGCCGACGCCGCCGUCUCGCCCGCGCCUCCCUCUCCGCCCACUCCUCCUCUCCCUCCCUCUCCUCUCGCUCCUCCUCCUCCUCCUCAUCCACCGUCCCCACCCCUCCCCGCCGCCUCCCCUCCUCGCCACCGCCACCGCCACGCGGCGCGACGACGAGCCGGCGCCGCGGCGAGCGGCGUCGUCUUUGGCGCCCAAGGCGACGACGACGACGACGCUGGCGCACGUGGUGUUCGGCAUCGCCUCCUCCCGCCGCACGCUGCCGCUCCGCCUCCCGCUGCUCCGCCUCUGGCUCCGCCCGCCCGCGCGCGCGUUCCUCUUCCUCGACGGCCCGGCGCCGGCCGCCGCCGCCGCGUCCGAGCCAUUGCCGCCCAACCUCCGCUUCUGCGUCUCCUCCACCGACGCCUCCCGCUUCCCGUACACGCACCCGCGCGGGCUCCCCUCCGCCGUCCGCGUCGCGCGCAUCGCCAAGGAGCUCCUGCAGCUCGACGACCACCACCACGCGACGCCGCCCCCGCCGCGGUGGCUCGUGCUCGCCGACGACGACACCGCGUUCGUCCUCCCGAACCUCCUGCACACGCUCUCCAGGUACGACUGGCGCGAGCCGUGGUACCUCGGCGCGCGCUCCGAGUCCGCGGCGCAGAACGCCUGGCACGGCUUCGCCAUGGCCUACGGCGGCGGCGGCAUCGCCGUGAGCUGGCCGCUCGCCGCGCGCCUCGCCCGCGUCCUCGACUCCUGCCUCCUCAGGUACCCGCAUCUCUACGGCAGCGACGCCAGGAUCCACGCCUGCCUCGCCGAGCUCGGCGUCGAGCUCACCCACGAGCCAGGAUUCCACCAGAUCGACCUUCAUGGGGACAUAUCUGGACUCCUAAGAGCGCAUCCGCUUACUCCUUUAGUUUCACUGCACCACCUUGAUCAUGUAUAUCCUCUUUACCCGGGUAUGGACCGUGCAACAGCGGUGAAGCAUUUCUUCAGAGCUGCCAAUGCUGAUCCAGCAAGGAUCCUUCAGCAGACAGUGUGCUAUGACCAUUCGAAAGCAAUUACAGUGUCAAUAGCUUGGGGGUAUUCAGUUCAGGUGUACAAAGGCAAUGUGCUGCUUCCUGACCUCCUUGCUGUGCAGAAAACGUUUGUGCCGUGGAAAAGGGGUCGCAAUGCUACUGAUGUUUUUAUGUUUGAUACCAAGCAUUACCCGAGGGAUGAGUGCAAAAGAGCUGCUCUUUUCUUCCUCAAAAGUAUUUCUUCAGGUGAAGGCAAGAUCAAAAGCGAUUACACUAGGCAGCUGCCUAGAAAAUGCUCACCUAACUUGAUUCCAUUGAGGAAUCUUCACCAAAUAAAAGUGGCAUCUGAGCCAUUACAUCUGGUUCCUGGGAAGGCUUUAAGACGGCAUUGCUGUGAUGUUGUGUCUUCCUCAUCUGAAACCAACAUGGAUGUUAACAUCAGGAAAUGCAAAGAAGACGAACUGAUUGCGAUGCAUUCUUAGUCACAUCUUCAAUCGAACUGGAUGCAAUGCUCUUCCUCUGUAUAAUUCCAUUGUACUAGCUUCCUAGUACAGAAAGUGACAAGACAAGUUAAGCAGACUAGCAUUGUAAUAGAUUCUCCAUGAAGUCUCACAUUCUGCCGUUUACUUUGGUCAACUGGAAUCUCCUUUACAAAGGAGUGGAGGCACCAUAAUCUGUUUGUGCUAUACAAUGACCUUUUUAGCUUGAAGAAAAAUGCAUAGUGGACUUGAGUGCGGCCCUCCUUUUGGUGAUCAAGACGACUUCUGGUGACAGUAGUACUACUGAAACUAGAACAGCAUGGAUACAUAGAUAGAUACUUCCUCCGUUUCACAAUGUAAGUCAUUCUAGCAUUUCCCAGAUUUAUAUUGAUGCUAAUGAAUCUAGACAUAUAUAUUUAUCUAGAUUCAUUAGCAUCAAUAUGAAUGUGGAAAAUGCUAAAAUGACUUAUAUUAUGAAACGGAGGAAGUAGUUGAGAUGUUGAACAACACACUUCAUUAUUAUUAUUUUUUAACUUUACCUAGCAAAUGCUCAUAUUUAUAUAUGAUAUUUUACCUUGAGCACUUUUUGUUGUGGAACUUUGAGUGUACAUUGGGACUGUCUGUACAUCUCAAUAUCUCAUACAGCAGGAGAAAUAAUUUCAGGUCCUGCUUAGGAUUACAUUGCAA